AUGACACCUGAGGAAGAAUCCCAAUCCGAAUCGGUAAAGAACGGGAGUCAAUCCCAGCACCGAAAAGCCAACAAUGUGGAGCCAGCACCCAAGAGACGCAGGGUUGCGUUAGCCUGUUCAGCAUGUAGGAUCCGCAAGUCAAGGUGUAAUGGAGUGCGCCCAAGAUGCGAUGCAUGCGAGAAGCUAGGUUUUGAAUGUCUGUAUGAGCAGCAAGAAACGUCGGCCAAUCUUCUCGUCCCAAAGGAUCUGUUCGCCGCCCUAGAGGCAAAGGUUAAUCUUUUAGAAGCCAAUGUUCACAAACAAGAUGGAAGGCUCACUCUGGUCGAGAACUCCAUUUCCAAAAGUGGUGGCAUAAGGCAAAAUGACCUAGAUACGCAUCAGCCAAAGUCGGGCGAUGUGGUUGUGAAUAUUGAUAGAAUGGAGGAGAAUAGCGCUGAUCAAAGCAACACGGAUGGCAUGGCCGUCUCGUUUGUUGAUGAGCAGGACUGUGGAUUCUUUGGACCGUCGUCGAACAUCGCGUUGAUGAGGCACAUCCGAAAAGUCAUAGACCUUCAUAGGCCACAGAACUGUCAGCCCUCAUCUCGAACCCCAGGUUCAGAGUUUAGUGUCUAUGAGGGUGGCCUGAUAAGCAGCUCAAGCACAUUGCCCCAGAUCUCACAACACUCAUCGAAGGAUAUACACACAUUGGGGGUCAAUCUCUUACCCCCGGAUGAGGUGAUGAAACGUCUAAUCAAUGCAUACUUUGCCAAUACAGGACUUUUAUUCCCAUUUAUUCAUCAGCAGGAGUUUCUAGACACAUAUGAACGUUUCCAAGCAAGUGGCUUUAGGACUGACGUUCGUCGGACCUGGCUAGGCUUACUAAACAUGAUACUUGCUAUGGCCACUUGCACAUCUUGCUGGGAAGACUCUGGAAGCGAGACACACUUUGAGGAAUCUGACAUAUUCUACCGCCGAGCUCAAGAGCUUUGCCAAACACAAAUGUUCCGAGGUACCACGCUCGAGAUAGGUCAGUGCUCACCUUCCGGGAAAAACAACAGAAGAAGGCCCCAUAGAGAUCUUAAAGCUGACUUGUAG